AUGGUGGAGAGGGUCGCCUCGUUUCUGUCCGCUAAUUGCACUCUUUAUGAAGGACACAAUUUAUCGUCGUGCGAGUUGUUAAUUCAUGCUCAGGAUUUUGUACGUUUUAUUAUCAAGCGAUAUGAUCUGGAUAACCAUGGUUAUGAUAAUAUGUCCGUGUAUUCUCGAAUUAAAGAAGUCAUUAGUUACCUGAGAGCAUGUAAAAUAACGCCGUUAUUUGUUGUCGAUGGGACUUUGGAUCCUGAUGAAAACAUUGCUGGUAUCUUACCUAGGACUAUUUGCGAAUUUCUCUCUUCGGUCGGUGUUAGCUUUGUCGUUUCCCGAUCUAGUGCAGUUUGUACUUGUCUGGCUCUUGCAGAACAACACCUUUUACCAUUGCUGAUUUCGCAUCCUGGUUUUUAUGUGAAUCUCUACUCAUGUGAUAGUACUUCACGGCCUAUUUUUCUUCCCAUUGAAUGCCUUCAAAAUCUGAACACGAAUUCUUCGCAAUUACACGCAGAAUCACUAUCUUAUUUGGAACCAUAUUUCCCACAAAGAUAUUUGUAUCUUGGUUGUUUAUUGAUGGAGUUGAUCGACUUUCCCCCAACUGCAAAUAAGGACUUGGAAGUUGGUAUAGUCUUGAAGUGGUUGAAGGAUAAUAGUCAUGAACCCUUAACUAUUCUACAGCAUAUUAUGCAGCAUGCUUUACAAUCGAAUGAUCCCUGCCUGGUAGCCCAAAUGAUGAUUAACUAUCUUAUUUCUUUGACACCUGACUAUGAAGAAGCGUCCGCUGUAUCUUCUUGGCUGGGGUUGAAGACAACGAAAUCUCAAGCGCAUUUUGAUUUCCAUGAUUUCGAAUCGAGUUCUCCGCAAUUUUUAUUUAGCACGGCUUUGCAUAUCCUAGAGGGAAAAUCUUGUCGUCACUUAAAAGUCGGGUUUAAUGACCCGACUCUAUAUAAACUGUUCUGUCAGGGUAAAAUCGAUUCCCCUUUAUUAUGCCCUAUUGAAACAAAUCCACCCCCGAUAGGUAUUCUGCGACGGUUACAGAACGCAGUUCUUUCCAGAAACAAUUAUAUCGAUAAUGCUUGGGCAUACAUUACGGAUUAUUUUCACUUUUCAAUCUUCCAUUUAGAUGAAAGAAUAGCUGUGAUCGUGUUGUGCUGCUUACUUUGGCACUCUUAUUCCUCUUGUUCUGGUCAUUCACCGGAACUUUGUCCUGCAGUUUUAUCCACGGUUUUCUGUGCACUAAUUAACAUAUUUUGUAAGCAAUCCCCGGAAAUGUUUUCUGCCGCCUUUCUUGAAUAUGCGAAAUCUGAGAAAUUAGAGUUCAAUCAUACUGAGGAAAAUUAUCUCAAACAGUCCGAAGAAAUUCAACAAAUUUAUUCCGAGUUCCUUUCUUUCUUUAGUGUUGUCAAUAGUUCCAAUGGAUCGUCCAAACUCUCCCUCUUUAAGCAAGUCUCAUUCGAGCCAGUAUUCGUGGUUUUUCCAUGUUUACGUAUGUCCGCUCUUCUGGCUGCUAAAUUAUCCUUCUCUAAGCCCGAAAAUCGUCUAAGUGAAUUGUUAAGCUCCUCUUUCUUACAUGCUGCGAAGUUGGAGGCUUCGGAUUUCUCCUCAGCAUUCCAUCAUUUUAUGGGCUUGGUUAAAAAUACAGAAAUCUACUGGGAUGAGCCUCUCUCAACUUCAGUUACUUCGAUAAAGGAGCCUCUAACGGAAGUCUCCAAGACUCCUGAUUCUAUGCCACCAGCGGAGAAGCCUCUGCCCAUUUUCAAACCCGAUUCUCAGGAUGAUUCUCACCCAACUAAUUCCACUUGGAAAAGGAGACCAAAUGAACGACCGAUUCCUGUGUUUGUGCCAACGUUUACUUCUGCAGGAAAGGUACCAUUCCGAGAGAGAACGUCGUCAUCGGCGUCACUUUAUCAACCGAACUACGAUCGUCCAAAAACCCCGCCCCCUGCAAAUACUUUUAUGAAGAAAACGAAGAAGAGUAAAUAUGCUGCUCUCCUGGAACAGAGAUUUGGUGAUAAGAAAUAG